GGCGGGGCCCGCAGUUCGGUUGCGCCGCGGAGCGCAGCUGUGAGCGAGUCUUUCUGAUCCGGGGCCCCGGAACCCGAGCUGGAGCUGAAGCGCAGGCUGCGGGGAGCGGAGUCGGGUGGCCUGAGUGUUUGUUCCAGCAUGUCGGAGGGGGAGUCCCAGACAGUACUCAGCAGUGGCUCAGACCCAAAGGUAGAAUCCUCAUCCUCAGCUCCUGGCCUGACGUCAGUGUCACCUCCUGUGACCUCCACGACCUCAGCAGCUUCCCCAGAGGAAGAAGAAGAAAGUGAAGAUGAGUCUGAGAUCUUGGAAGAGUCACCCUGUGGGCGCUGGCAGAAGAGGCGAGAAGAGGUGAAUCAGCGGAAUGUACCAGGUAUUGACAGUGCAUACCUGGCCAUGGAUACAGAGGAGGGUGUAGAGGUUGUGUGGAAUGAGGUACAGUUCUCUGAGCGAAAGAACUACAAGCUGCAGGAGGAAAAGGUCCGUGCUGUGUUUGAUAAUCUGAUUCAGUUGGAACAUCUCAACAUUGUCAAGUUUCACAAGUAUUGGGCUGACAUUAAAGAGAACAAGGCCAGGGUCAUUUUUAUCACAGAAUACAUGUCAUCUGGGAGUCUUAAGCAAUUUCUGAAGAAGACCAAAAAGAACCACAAGACUAUGAAUGAAAAGGCUUGGAAGCGUUGGUGCACACAAAUCCUCUCUGCCCUAAGCUACCUGCACUCCUGUGACCCCCCCAUCAUCCAUGGGAACCUGACCUGUGACACCAUCUUCAUCCAGCACAACGGACUCAUCAAGAUUGGCUCUGUGGCUCCUGACACUAUCAACAAUCAUGUGAAGACUUGUCGGGAAGAGCAGAAGAAUCUCCACUUCUUUGCACCAGAAUAUGGAGAAGUCACUAAUGUGACAACGGCAGUAGACAUCUACUCCUUUGGCAUGUGUGCACUGGAGAUGGCAGUGCUAGAGAUUCAGGGCAAUGGAGAGUCCUCAUAUGUGCCACAGGAAGCCAUCAGCAGUGCCAUUCAGCUUCUAGAAGACCCAUUACAGAGGGAGUUCAUUCAAAAGUGCCUGCAGUCUGAACCCGCUCGCAGACCAACAGCCAGAGAACUUCUGUUCCACCCAGCACUGUUUGAAGUGCCCUCGCUCAAACUCCUUGCUGCCCACUGCAUUGUGGGACACCAGCACAUGAUCCCAGAGAAUGCUCUGGAGGAGAUCACCAAAAACAUGGAUACCAGUGCUGUACUGGCUGAAAUCCCUGCAGGACCAGGAAGAGAACCAGUUCAGACUUUGUACUCUCAGUCACCAGCUCUGGAACUGGAUAAAUUCCUUGAAGAUGUCAGGAAUGGGAUCUACCCCUUGACGGCCUUUGGGCUGCCUCGGCCCCAGCAGCCACAGCAGGAGGAGGUGACAUCACCUGUGGUGCCGCCAUCUGUCAAGACUCCAACACCUGAACCGGCUGAGGUGGAGACCCGCAAGGUGGUUCUGAUGCAGUGCAACAUCGAGUCGGUGGAGGAGGGCGUCAAACACCAUCUGACGCUUCUGCUGAAGCUGGAGGACAAACUGAACCGGCACCUGAGCUGUGACCUGAUGCCAAAUGAGAACAUCCCCGAGUUGGCGGCCGAGCUGGUGCAGCUGGGCUUCAUUAGCGAGGCGGACCAGAGCCGACUGACUUCUCUGCUGGAGGAGACCCUGAACAAGUUCAAUUUUGCCAGGAACAGCACCCUCAACUCAGCCGCUGUCACCGUCUCCUCUUAGAGCUCACUCGGGCCCAGCCCCUAAUCUGAGCUGUGGCUGUCGCGACAUGUGCUACAGCCUUCCUGCCCCUUCCCCCCCAGACAGUAUUACCCUGUGAAGCCCCGCUCUCCUUUAUUAUUCAGGAGGGCUUUGGGGCUCCCUGGUUCUGAGCAUCACCCUACCCACCCCUCCCCUUCUCUUCCAUCCCUCUGCACUUUGUUUACUUGUUUUGCACAGACGUGGGCCUGGGCCUUCUCAGCAGCCGCCUUCUAGUUGGGGGCUAGUAGCUGAUCUGCUGGCUCCCGCCCAGCCUGUGUGGAAAGGAAGCCCACGGGCGCUGGGAGCUGAAUUCUACAAUCCCGCUGGGGCGGACUGGGCGGGAGAGAAGGGUGGUGCUGCAGGGGUGGCCCCGGGGGGCCAUUCGAUUCGCCUCAGUUGCUGCUGUAAUAAAAGUCUACUUUUUGCUA